AUGUAAGACAGAAAGAAGAACUGUGAAAGGAUUAAUUCUGGAGUUUCUGAAGUGGAAACCGGCGUCCUGUGAAAAAAAGAAAUGUGGGGAGACAAAAAACAAGAACACCACUAAGAAGAAUAUGAAGUAAUACGCUUCAUUGCCCAGGCGACCUCUUUAAAUGCAAAUCUAAUCGUAGGGAUUUAUAUGACGUCAUUUCCUGGUGAAGGAGGAGGGGGAGCUCCUACAUCUUCGGGACGUGGGGAAACCAAGCUGAAGUUUGGAUUGGAGCAGUUCCUGGGGGAAAGCGCUGUAUUAGUGCGAGGGCUGAGUGCGGGGAUGGCGGCGUGCAUGCUCAUCGCGGUGCUGUGAGAGGAUCGGAGAGCUUUUUUAAAUUCCCCUCCUUCGGGACCGAGACGUUCCGCUGCCGGUGGACCACUUUAAAGCACAGUCAUGCUGAGUUUCCUGCGGCGGACUCUGGGCCGGCGCUCUGGCCGUAAGCAUGCUGAGAAAGCUCGGCUCCGGGAAGCCCAGCGCGCACAAACGCACAUUCCUGCGGCCGGAGAUGCGAGUUCCAUCAUCACAUGCAGAGUGUCGCUGCUGGACGGGACGGAUGUCAGCGUCGAUUUGCCGAAAAAAGCCAAAGGUGAGGAGCUGUUUGACCAGAUCAUGUAUCACCUGGAUAUCAUUGAGAAGGACUACUUUGGGCUGCGCUUCAUGGACUCUGCACAAGUGCCGCACUGGCUGGAUGUAACAAAAAGCAUUAAAAAGCAGGUCAAAAUUGGUCCUCCGUAUUGCCUUCACAUGCGAGUUAAGUUUUAUUCCUCAGAGCCCAACAACCUGCACGAGGAGUUAACACGAUACCUGUUCGUGCUGCAGUUGAAGCAGGACAUCCUUAGUGGCAAGUUAGACUGCCCCUUCGAUACGGCCGUGGAGCUGGCAGCCUUCUCUCUGCAGGCCGAGUUGGGCGACUGCGACCCCGCAGAACACGGCCUCGACCUGGUGUCAGAGUUCCGCUUUGCACCAGAGCAGACGGAAGAGAUGGAGAUGGCCACCUACAACGCCUGGAAAGAGUGCAGGGGCCAGAUGCCUGCGCAGGCUGAGAUAAACUACCUGAACAAGGCCAAGUGGCUGGAGAUGUAUGGGGUUGACAUGCACAUGGUUAAGGCCAGAGAUGGAAAUGAGUACAGUUUGGGACUGACCCCCACCGGAGUGCUCGUGUUUGAGGGUGAAACCAAGAUCGGCCUGUUCUUUUGGCCCAAAAUCACACGGUUAGACUUUAAAAAGAGCAAGCUGACCCUGGUUGUGGUGGAAGACGAUGAACAGGGCAAAGAGCAGGAGCACACAUUCGUAUUUCGCAUGGACCACCCCAAGGCCUGUAAGCACUUGUGGAAGUGUGCAGUGGAGCAUCAUGCUUUCUUCAGGCUGCGUGGCCCCGUCCAGAAAGGCUCCUCCCAAUCAGCGUUCAUUCGCAUGGGCUCCCGUUUUAGAUACAGCGGAAAGACAGAAUACCAGACCACGAAAUCUAGCAAAGCUCGGCGCUCGGCUACUUUCGAGAGACGUCCCAGCCGUCGCUACUCCAGAAGAACUAUGCAGAACAGAGGUCCAUUUGUUCCCAAAUCCCUAGAGAACCAGAAUAAUGGAGUAAACCCCAGUCAGGAGACGAAGCAUGUCCAGCCUGCGUGGCCCGGAGUGUCUGCCGUCUCCCAGCCCUUGGCGCAGGGUCCCUUGUCCAUUGAAGCUCUCUCCAGGAGUCCUGGAAGCAGCCAAUCAGGGAAGAGAAGCGUCUCAGACGUGGCAGACCUGCUGGAGACCUGCGUGGACGACCUCAUCCAGAGACCUGUUCCCAUGGUGACGGCAGGCUCGGCUGAAGAGGCAGGGCCUAGUGUUGCUGUCUCCAGCCCCAGCGCAGUCCCUGAGAACCUGUCUCUUACUGAUGCUACAGCUCGACUUAAGCAGCUGGAAAUGGACAACACGCCGUCCUCCACUCCUGCUCGCCCUAACAUCAAUGUCAACAUGAACAACCAGGAGGACGUGCUGAAGCUGACGGAGAAGAGUCUGAGCAGUGUGAGCAGCAGUCCCGUCCUAAGCCAGCUAAAGGCACCGGAUGAGCUGAAGAGCAACAUCCUCAAAGCUAUAGCUGAGGCAGCGCUCAGGGGCACAAGAGAGGAGAUUGGAGUCACAGGAGAGAAGAACUGUAACCUUCAGGAUGCUGCAGCUAGGCUGAAGGGUCAAAGUGGGCAGCAGGAAAACACUUCCUCUCUGACUACAGGCAGCCGGGAGGCACUGAUUCAGACAUGCUCCAGCAGCCUCGAAGCAAAAACAGAUGAGUUCAUCUUCUCUUCACCUAGCGUGCCAGCAGAACCAGUGAUCGAAGCCUCCUCAGCCAAGGACAAAACAGAAGAACGGGAGGCACAUGCAGCCCCCCAGAUCGAUAACCUGAUAGACUUCACUGAUCCUACACCAGUAAUGCAGCCGCCCAAACCCAUCAUUACACCUCGAUGGAUCGUUCCAGCAGCACCGACUGGCACCUUUACUAACGGCCUCCUAGAGCUUGACAAAGCAAAGACGGCAGCGCAGCCAGGCGAAGGUGGCGCUCCCGCCUCCCUCCCUCACCUCCCUCACUUCCCUCAUACUCAUAAUGUGAUUGCCACCAGCAUUGUGGCUCAUCCUCAGAGGAACAACCACAGACCCAGGGGCCUGCUGACCACUGAACUCUAAGCAACAUACGUCCGGCAGUAACUACCUAAAAACUUUACCCCGUCCCACUCUACUGUCCCCCCCACCACCACCCCCUUCCACUCUACAUUCCAGUAUGAUGCUGCUUGCAAUGCAUUCCAGCACAGAGACUUUCCAGUGCGUGUGUAGAAGAGUAGACGUUGUGUCUUGAUCAGCCUUCACACCGCAGGAACUCGUUAGUUUGCCACUGGACUCGUCGCAGAGGACUUGCGAACAAGGCGUCGCUCUGCCCCCUGCUGUCCUCACAAAUCAUGUUACGUCACUGUGAAAAGAGCAAAAGGACCGUGAUGGAUCCCCAGCACUGGAAACUUUUAUUUAUAGAACAUAGUGUUUUUUUGUUUUUUUUUUAACCUUUGGCUUCCUGCGAUAGACAUUUAGUUCGAAGUAUACGAUUUUAAACGCUGUACAACAAACCGGAUCAUUAUUAGAGGUCAAUAUUCUGUAGCACUGGACGACCUGCAGUCUUUGAGCGAUCGAGCCAUUUUUUUUAUUUUAAAUCCAGAGUGUCGUUUUUAAGUUAGUCGUUGUGACCCGCCUUAUUUUAACAGUAUGUUCCAGGUGUUACAUUUAUAGCUACAUUUACAGUAUAAAUCUGUUCUUUUUAUCAUUGUUUUAUGCUUUUGACUGCAACAAUUCGGCGGAUCUUCAGUACACGGUUUUGCGCUACGUUGAUCGCCACUCGGAGAUGAUGCGAUCACAGUGCAGGCCAGGAAGUAUUCGGAAGGGCUAAUGAAAGAAGUGUUGCACAGUGAUCCGCUGAGCUCGGUCACACCUGGGGAAGAAAGAAAGAAGAAAAAAAAAGUUGUUGAAGAUGUUCUGUAUCAUUUUGCAUUCACUGAUUGUCCACCAGCUCAGUCGUCACGGUUGCGCUCGUUUCUCUGUAGCGGUCUGACUUGAAUUAUAUCUUAUCUGUUCUCUUGACGCUGUGAGAGCACACCGUUUCAUGCUGUAGUUUCGUGCUGUAGAUAUAUUUACUGACUUCUGUAGAGAUCACUGUACUGAUGUAUAUCGAGUAUUUACACACAAAAACCUUAGAGCACCUUUUCUAUUUGACUUGUUCUCUGAGUAAAAAUGUAUUUUAACAGCAA